GUGUACUGCGAAAUCUCCUGCAGGCGGGCUGGUAUGCCAGUCGCGGCGACGGGAAGGAGAGGUGAAAGUUCAAAAUGGCUUGGACAUAUCAGGUGACAAUGUGGAGAAGUUGGUCAAGCGCCGCAGUUUAAUAUUCAGAACUUCUGGAAUGACUAGCGAGGCAGUUUCAAAGUACUGCGAGGAAGAUGAGGACUUGGCGUUGGCGUACUAUGACGACGACGAUGACUUUGAUACGUUCACGGACGGGGAUGUUGACUGUAGCUGCGAGGACGGAGUACUGGGCUUCAGUGACCCGUUCAGCAGCGAGGUGAAGCCGCGCAUCCUGCUGAUGGGCCUGCGGCGCAGUGGCAAGUCCUCCAUCCAGAAGGUGGUCUUCCACAAGAUGUCCCCCAACGAGACGCUCUUCCUGGAGAGCACCAACAAGAUCUGCCGCGAGGACGUUUCCAACAGCUCCUUCGUCUCCUUCCAGAUCUGGGACUUCCCCGGGCAGAUCGACUUCUUCGACCCCACCUUCGACUACGAGAUGAUCUUCCGCGGCACGGGAGCGCUCAUCUUCGUCAUCGACUCGCAGGAUGACUACGUGGAGGCCCUGAGCAGGCUGCACCUGACGGUCACCAGGGCCUACAAGGUCAACCCGGACAUCAACUUCGAGGUGUUUAUCCACAAGGUGGACGGGCUCUCGGACGACCACAAGAUCGAGAAGCAGAGGGACAUCCACAAGAGAGCCAACGAUGACCUGGCCGACGCAGGAUUGGAGCGCAUACACCUCAGUUUCUACCUGACCAGCAUCUAUGACCACUCCAUCUUCGAGGCCUUCAGCAAGGUGGUGCAGAAGCUGAUUCCACAGCUCCCGACUCUGGAGAACCUGCUCAAUAUCUUCAUAUCCAACUCCGGUAUUGAGAAAGCCUUCCUGUUCGAUGUGGUCAGUAAGAUCUACAUUGCGACGGACAGCUCUCCAGUGGACAUGCAGACCUAUGAACUGUGUUGCGACAUGAUCGACGUGGUGAUUGACAUCUCCUGCAUCUACGGUCUGUCGGGGGACGAGGCGGCUGAAGCUGGCUCCCCGUAUGACAAGGAGUCCAUGGCCAUUAUCCACCUGAACAACACCACCGUCAUGUACCUGAAGGAGGUCACCAAAUUCCUGGCAAUGGUCUGCUUCCUCCGGGAGGAGAGCUUCGAGAGGAAGGGGUUGAUUGACUACAACUUCCACUGCUUCAAGAAGGCAAUUGAGGACGUGUUCGACGUGCGACUGAAGGUGCAGAAGAGCCGCAAGCUGCUGAGCCAGCGCAGGUGGAGCAAGCAGAACACGCCCAACGGGGCGCACGCGCCAACGCACUGAUGAUGAUGCUGCCGUCACACAUACCACACGGCACACAGCACAGACGCACUGAUGAUGUCAAUCACAGCACGCAGCACAGACACACUGAUGGCAAUCACCCAACGCAGCACAGACACACUGAUGGCAAUCACCCAACGCAGCACAGACACACUGAUGGCAAUCACCCAACGCAGCACAGACACACUGAUGGCAAUCACCCAACGCACGCCAGAUACAGUACAGACGCACUGAUGACAACCACCCAACGCACGGCACAUACAGCACAAACGCACUGAUGACAAUCACCCAACGCACGGCACCCAUAGACUCACUGAUGACAAUCACCCAACGCACGGCACCCAUAGACUCACUGGCAACCACCCAAUGCACAGCACAUACAGUGCAGAUGCACUGAUGACAAUCACACAACACGCCCACAGACACAGUAACAAUGGCGCCACACAGCACACGCCAUGCACAGGCACACUGACAAUCAGUGAUGGGCAACCUGGAUUGAGUUGCAGUGCAGUGCCACAUGUUCCAAAGGACCUGGUCUUUUUCACCUGUUCGGUUCAACCAGGUGAUUGCCUUAAUUGGCAGGUAAAACCAGGCCAUUCGGAAUAUAUUGUACUUGAUUGUAUCUUCGGAAUCCAGGUUGCCCAUUACUACUGAUGAUGACAUCACACUACUCACACCCAGAUACAGUGAUGACAGUGGCACAGGCCAAACACAGUGAUAGUGAAUCAGCAGAGAUGGUAUCUAAAUCAGAUAGUGACUCAGCUACUCUGUUGACGCCACCAAGCACAACAAUUUACUGUUUUUCGGCUGGCCAGAACGGUGCUGGUACCCAUUCCCGCACCUGUUACGCUCCAAACCAAAGUGCCUACCGGCCACAUCGCCCACACGCAGACAAACCCAUGACAUCACAUGAUGGCCCAUGCCCAUACACACUGAUAGUGAAUCAGAUAGUGACUCAGAUACUCGGUUGACACCACCAGGCACAAAUUCCAGUCGCAUUUACUGUUUUUAGGCUGGCCAUUCCAGUACCUGUUACGCUCCAAACUUAAGUGCUUACCGGCCACAUCGCCCACACGCAGACAAACCCAUGACAUCACAUGGCCCAUGUCCAUACACACUGAAGACAUCACAUCUCAGAUACAGUAAUGUCACAUAGUCCAGUAACUGGCAAUAUAUGGUCAAAACAUACUUCCACACACACACUGUCACACAGUCCAAGACCACCCAUGGAUGGAUGCGUGGACCAUGCAUGUCAUGUCCACAUCGAUAACAGCACAGCCACACUGAUGACAUUGCACCCAGCCAAACUGACUGAACAAAUACCACAGCCCUGCCGAAACCCAUCACGAGAAUAACUCUACUCAGAAAAGAGUGCAGAGUUAAUACAACACUCACAGAGUCAGUUUGAUUCUAUAUCGUGCUGAAUUAACACUACAAAAUGUGCUACGUAUUUGUGGUGUUGGUUUAUUUAUCUGGAGCAAUUGCGAUACAAUCACCAUUUUUGUUUAUUUUUUGGAGAUGAGUUACAUGAAAUGUGAAGCUCUACCAAUGGCCUUCUUUAUUAUUUUGUAAAUCAUUUUCAAAGGAAAGGAAAAGAAAUAGUACCUAGAAGGUACUGUGUUUUUAUACCUUUGCAUUCUGUUUUUUUUUUUCUUUCAAUGUUUAGUGGCCAAAGAAAUUACGUAAGGCUCAAUAAUAAUGUGUCCACAUUGUCAAUUUAAUUAUUUCAUAUUCCACAGAGGUCACAUACAUACUGUACGUAUUUGGACGUAAUUCACAUCACACAAGAUGCCGUUCCAAGAAUGGGUCAAUACAUUAUUCAGACUCGUCAUAAAGAAUUUAGUGUCCUGGUGUUGGAAAACAUUAAUUGCCUUUCUCCAUCUAAUUUGCAUUCAUUGGAAAUGCUCUCAUCCGUGUGCCCAUUCUGCCCGUCCUCUCGUUAUGCGUAGUCACAGUGAAGAGUAAGACCACCCCCGUCAUUCAAAAGAGACUUCAUGUCAAAGCAUAUGACUAACGUGACCUGGAUGACUGAAAAUGACUUCACAGGCAUGCCAUCCAAAAAAUAUCAAAACAACCAGACCCUCUCUCUGUGUCAUCUGUCAGAUAUGAAAACAUCCAGACUCAGACUGUGUCCCCCUUUUACAUGUCCUGCCUAUUCAUUUUCUCUUCAAGCUCUCAUAUUUGUCAAGACAUAUUUUGGCAUGUAAAGGUGGCCUGUUUUUAACUAUUCUGUUUUUAACAGUGAGAGCUUUGUAAAGGGUAAUCAUCAUUUAUUAAUCGCCACUGACACACAGGCCGUUCUUAUUCAGGAAAACUGAUGGCAUCUGAAAAAAGUUUGGCAUCUUGCCCAAAAAUGCCAUCGAGGUAAACAUCUCUUUAAAAUGUGUUGGAAGAGAAUUAUUUGUUGAAUCAUAAUCAUUUAACAAAUUGCUGUGGAUGGCUUUUAUUGUUUCAUAUCUAAUAAUGACUUGUAUUUUUGGCAAUGACAUGCUGUUGAUGGUUUGUUCUCAUUCCCUUUGUAGGUACGUAUCUAGUUUAAGCUGCAUAGCGACACUUGUUUGUUUUGCUAAAAUUGCUUAACAGUGGAACAUUUUGAAUCUCAUCACUUAUUCUGCAUAUUUGUUCACUGUAUUAACUAAUCAGCCGUGUAUUUAUGUAUUUAUUUAUUUAUUUUGAUAAUGAAUAAAGAUGACAUUUAUGUACAUUUGAGUGGAUGAAA